AUGCGCCGUCAUGUGGAAAAAUUUGGAGUGGCUUCUAACAUGGAAGACAUGGAAGACUCGGCUGAUCACCUGCUCGCUUUUGAUGUUGCUCUCGAAGGACUUUGUUUGGGCAAGGCUCCAAUGCUGCAGGCACAUGCAUUCAGCUGCACUACCCGUAUGUCAAUUCACGUGCAUGAAGAGGAGGCUGCGGUUACUACUGAGGUUGCGAUCGAGGUCUGA